AUGGAACAAGUUAAUGACAGUAGUAGAUUCUUUGUGUCUCAAGAUGAGUUGUUUUCCAAUGGUGAAGAAGACAUCAGUAAGGGAAAACCUAGAAAGAAAUACUAUAAUGAAGAUGGCACAAGAAUGUUUGUAUCAAAGAAUCUUGAGAUUGAAAGAAGGAGGAGAGAUAAACUUCAUUCUAGGCUUUGCACACUUCGUUCUAUAAUGCUCAAAGAAAGUAUUAUUGAAGAUGCUAUUACUUAUGUCAAGAAGCUUCAAGAUGAAGUUAAUAGUCUCACACAAGAGCUUCAAGCAUUGGAAGCAAAGGAAAACUUGGAGCGGAAAAUCGAUGAAGUUUCUGGUGCAGAAGAGAUGAAGAAAUGGGGGAUGCAGGAAGAGAUUCAUGUGGAAAAAACUGAUGGGACUAAUCUGUGGAUUAAGAUGAUCAUUGAGAAAAAGAGAGAGAGGUUCAACAAAUUAAUGGAGAUUAUGAAUGAUUUAUGCAUUGAAAUGACAGACAUAAGUGUUACAACUAUAAAAGGAGCAUACAUGAUCACAACUUGCUUAAAGAACUUGGGUGGUGAACCAUUUGAUGUUGAUCAAGCAAAGUAUUGGUUGCAAGAUAUAAUCAAGAUGAUUUAG